AUGCACGGGAGGAUCAGUGGGCCGACCACCUGGGAAAUGUUCACAUGCACGGCCCGCCUUGUCGGAUACGGCAAAACAGUCAUUAAGCAAUACUUUCCACCAUACGUGAUCAUCAUCUGCAUUGCAGUUAGAGUUGGUCCGUCCUACGUUUCUGGCAUACAGAAUCGGAAGGAAUGUCUGAAAUUCAAGAUAGCGGCUGAAUCGAGGAGCGAUAAGGUGGUCAGGGUCAAUCCGCUGUGCAUUCCAUUACGAACUUCAGCGAGGGACAGGACAAUCGUCGGCUCUGCUAAGGCGCGCGGAGCAUAUGUUGCAGUCAAUUCUUCCGUGGGCGGAAACGUGUUGAGCGCGGGUAGGUCCGAGCUCGGUAUCGAGAAGGGGCCGGGCGACUCGAUGAGACAAGCUUCAUCCCACACCAGCAGAGGAGAGGAAGCUGCAAAUCUGCACGGCAGUCGCUGGGCCCCAGUUUUCAAUGAAAAAUCUGAAAUGAUGAUGAGCGCGCCUUGGAUGCGGGACCAGCUCUGGGAAACAGAACCGAAACGGGAAGGUUCCCUUGGGGUGCCGAGGGCUGCCCGAGGCGACUUCCCUUGA